AUGGAAGAUGAAUGAAGCGUCUAGCUAGCGACAACAACAACAACAACAUUACAGCAUAUUAACUGGAACGAAUAUGCCAGAACAAGAAACCACUGAACAAUAAAGACAUGGGAUCUGUGAAACGGACCCGCCCCCUGGGCUACGCAUGCUUUGCCACACAAGCUAAGCACGACAGCUAGCUUGUUGAUCCGUGGGAACUCGCUACUACUAAGCGCUAGCAUGCACUGGGAGGAUGCGAGGUUGAAGCUGUCACUCUGAAUCUACAACAACAGACGAUCUCGAGAGGGCUGAAGUAACCGUGCCACCAUGUACUCGAGACCCAACGACCACAUGAAGCCCAGCUGCAGCAGCAGCAGCAGCAUCACUGAGCUGCUGGGUGCCCUGUGUGACUGCAGCCUGUCUGGGGUGUCCUGGAAGCGGCGGGCCCUGGGUGGAAUCUCGAGAGAAGGUUUCCGUAGAACUCUCAAGAAGUGUGCGUACGGCUCGUUGCUGUCUAAGCUAUUUCAAGAUCACACCAAAGGGUCCGCCUCAGCAUCGAGUGCCACAGCUAACACACCGCCCAAAAACAAAGUCCUGAUGAUCUGCUUUGACUUGCGGGUGGCCGGGUGCCGAGAGGAAGCGGAGCAGUUGGAGGAGCAGCUGGGGAUGCUGCCGGAGGGAGCGUCCUCCGGCCUGGAGGAGAUGGACGCAGUCAUUGAGCUGUUGGUACAUCUCGCUGGUUCGGUACCACCACCCCCUACAUCUUUUAGCAGAGACUACAUGAGACGAGAGAGGCCCGUGCUUCGGAGGCCUCAACCCUGGGGCUACCAGAGCGAAGAGCUGCAGAGGCUAGAAGCCCGGGCAUGGGGUCUAGUGUGUGGAGAGGAGUGGGGCUCUUUGGAAGGUCUGUGUAGAACUCAGAGGUUGAUGGAUGGCCCUCCAGGCACCGGACUGCUGACUCUGAGAACUAAAUUGGAAGCGGAAGACAGAUUUGAGAGGGAUACCAGGAUGACGCUGUUUGGAGCACUGCAGCACACGCGAACCUCAGACAUAGACAUAAAACUGGACCUUCCUCCUGUUCCCAGAAAUAUUGAUGUAACUGGGCUGGCUAUAAGGGUCCCGUCGUGUUUAGAUGAGUCUGAGGAUGAGGGCUUCCAGUCCGCUUCCAACAUGACCCCAGACUCUCAGUCAGAGACCAGCCCCAUUCCAGACGUUGAUAUAUGGGAGGCUCUCCGCACGUUUGAGCCUGGAAGACGCCGCUGCUGGGAGUCUGUUGGCUGCCCACCGGGGAAAAGAGAGUCACUCUAUCUCACAGAGGGAGGCAGGGAGGCCUUUGACCAGCUUUAUCGUCUAUGGGAGGGGGAGAUGAGGGUGGUCAGCACUGCUACACCCUCUCCUCUCCUUCCACUGCCCCUGGACACUGAGGCACAACUGGUAUUUGACCUCCUCAACGUCUUGAUCGGAGUGGUGUCUACAACCUUCCCUCUCAACCAGAGUGUCCAGUUUGAUGUCAGACCUGGUGUGUGCAUGUCGGGAGCCUCCUCGGAGAGUGUGUCCCGUCUCUUGGGGGAGUUGGCCCAGCACGGCACCCACUACUUGAGGCUGAGUCGCUUUUCUCUGCAGAGUGCCGACAAAAAAGGCCUCGUCUUUCAGGCUUUUACCGGUGGUAUGCGGAAGUAUCUGCAUUACUACAGGGCUUGUGUUCUCAGCACUCCACCCACCCUCACCCUGUUGACCAUUGGCUUCCUCUUCCGCAAAGUGGGCCGCCAACUGAGGUACCUGUCAGAGCUGUGCUGCGUAGAUGGGCCUUUAGGUGCAGGCCAGGCCACCUUCCCUGUCGGUGUGAAGCUGCUGUCCUAUCUGUACAACGAAGCACAGAAUAACUGCAGCAACGAGAACUACCCGGUCCUGCUGUCGCUGCUGAAGAGCAGCUGUGAACCGUAUACACGGUUUGUGUCUGACUGGGUGUACAGUGGCUUGUUUCGGGACGUUUAUGGAGAAUUCAUGAUCCAGGUCAAUGAGGACUAUCUGUGCUGCAGAGACAAACACUUUUGGGUCCAAGGCUACACUCUGAUCUCGAAGGACGUGGAGGAUUGUGUGCCCAUCUUCCUGGGACACAUCGGCAACGACGUGUACGUCUGUGGGAAGACCAUCAACCUCCUCAAGAUCUGCUGCCCGCAGCACUACAUCUGUUGGUCGGAUCUGCCGGUGCCUCGCAUCGCCGUCACCUUCUCCCUCCAGGAGGUGGAGGAGAUCGAGAGGGACUGCGUGGUGUAUCGCGGACGCAUGGAGAGGGUCGCCAAGCACAGCGCCGUCAGCAGGGAGGAGCAAGCUCAGCGAGCGGAGGAGGCACGCCAGGAGCUGAUCAAUCAGGUCAGAGAGUCGGCGGUUAAAGCCCUGGAGAGCACUCGCGGGCGCCAGGUGUCGCUUCGUCUGGCUGACGAGGCCAAGAAGAGAGAGUGUUUUGAGGAACUGAAACAGCAGCUGAAGCAGGAACAAGAGCGGCACAGUGUAGCCAAGAGGCAGGAGGAGGAUGACUUUGGCUUUGCCAGAGAGCUCCGGGAUAGAGAGAAAAGACUACAAGCCUUGGAGCAGCAACUGGAGCAGAGAGCCAGGAAGGAGCUGAUCGAUCAGUACAGCCGUCUGUCGGAGGAGGCGGCUCGCAGAGAGAGGCGGGCCUUGUGGCAGGUGCAGCGAAUGAGACUCGACGAAGCCAGGGCUCAGUUCUUCAUGCAUGACGCGCAGCAGACUCAGGCAAUGCUGAAUAAAUAUCCAUUAGGCCAGGAGAGACCUCCCAUGGAAGUGUUGCCUCCGGUUCGCUCCGCUCUAAAGACUGCAACACUGGAAGCUCCCGGUCCAGAUCCGUCUGAACAGCGGCUAGCGGAGACUCCAGAAUGUGACGCUGUAUCGCCACCACCUGGGGCAUCUGUGCUCACCCUGGCAGCUGACCCUGUCCUACAGGCGAUCAGCGCUGACCGACCCGAGGCGUGUCCGACGGAACAACUAGUAGACUAUGACUUCAGUGCCCCCUUUAGUCCACUUGAGGGUAUCACCGGUCAAGCUGCAGUCCAGUCACGGCCUUGCCGGGGAUCUGCAGCUCGGCUCGACUUGAUCCGAAACCAUCCGUCUUUUUCCCACAUCCCCAUUGGAGAGAACGUGUCUCAGUUCCAGGAUGUCUUUCCGAAAGCCAGCCCCUUUGGCCAAGCCUCCAAAUCCAGCUUUCCUCUCGGACAAUACAUCGCGGACGAGCACCAGAAUACAUUCAAAGCGAGCAUUUACGGACAUCCCUCUCACUCCACAAUGCAGCUCGGCGAUGAGAGCGGCUCGACGGCAAAAAACAAGCCGAUGGAGGUUUCAUCUGCGAUAGAACCGGUAAUUGAAAUGGGAAAUUUAGAAGGUGCGGUAGAGGGAAAUGAUGACAUGGGUAAAUCGGUUAAGGAUGCAAAAGGUGAUGAUGCGGUUGAUUCCCCGUCGACGCCACCAGAGCAAAGUGGCGAGGAUAAUGGUCUUCGCCGUGGCGGGAUUGAUCCACUUGACGCAAACACUCAACCGAGCACUCGAGACCACCGCUCGGACGUUCAAGACGAAGCGGGCGCUGAUAUUCCGACGACGGACAUUCAUCUCUCCGGCGCUCGCCUAAAUGCCGGAGAGCCGGCUUCAGAUGCCGUCGCCCAGCAGCCGUCAUCCAGCAUCCACGGACGGUUAGAUGGCAGAGAGCUCGCGUCAGAGGUGACCGAUCCCCUCCCGUCCCCUAACGUCCACGGUCACGCGUCCGAUUCAGGCAUCAAGAUCGGAGAGCAUAUGUCGGAAGUCGACGCGCCUCUGCCUUCCGCCAGCGUUCACGGCCACGCUUCCGACGCUCACAUUAAAGUCGGGGGAAACGCGGCGGAGUUCGUCGCUCCUCUCCCCGCCCAAAAUGUCCACGGCCACGCCUCGGACGCCCACAUCAAAGUCGGCGAGCACGUGUCGGACGUGGUCGCCCCUCUACCUUCCGCCAGCGUUCACGGUCACAGUUCAGACGCCCACAUUAAAGUCGGGGAAAAUGCAGCGGAGUUUGUCGCUCCUCUUCCCGCCCAAAAUGUCCACGGCCACGCCUCGGACGCCCACAUCAAAGUCGGCGAGCACGUUUCGGACGUGUUCGCCCCUCUGCCCGCCCCCAGCGUUCACGGUCACAGUUCGGACGCCCACAUUAAAGUCGGGGAGAAUAUCUCGGACGUCGCUGCGCCGCUUCCUGCGCCCGGCGUCCACGGCCACGCCUCCGACGCCAAUAUAAAAGUGGGCGAGUACGUGUCGAACGUGCCCGACGAGAGGCCCCGUUGGAGCAAACACGGGCACGCCUCCGACUGCACGCUUCAGCCCGGCUGCGUGACGCCCGGAGCGCAACCCGCCUCGGCCGCUCUCCCCGGAAGCGCGUACGGUCACUCCUCGGACUCGGGGUUGGCCACCGGAUGCGUGGUUUCGGGAGACGAGCCCAAGCCGUCUCCUCUGCCCGGCAGCGCCCAUGGGCAUUCUUCAGACUCCAAUUUAGGCAUCGGGUGCGUCGUGGCCAAAACUGAACCGCUCGCAUCGCCGCUACCGGGCAGCGCAUACGGUCACUCUUCUGACUCGACGCUGGCCGUGGGUUGCGUGGUGUCCGGGGCGGAGACGCAACCUGCCGCGCUGCCCGGCAGCACUUUUGGCCACUCGUCAGAUUCUUCCCUCGCGGUUGGCUGCGUGGUGAAGGACAAAGACGUCUUGAAUCAGGACGAGACGGAAGAACACGAAGAUGUGAAAGGCUCUAAGUCGGACAGCCCUGGGGAGCAGCUGGUUGAGUUCAUGGGGUCCUGUGCUGCAGGCUUCAGUUUGUCCCCUGGAGAAAAGUCUGAGCAGGAAUACCUCCUGGCUUUGUGUGCUCAGUACGAGGUGGACCAAUACGAAGACUGCUACAACCUAAUGGCUUCGGCCCCCGAGUGUCAGCUGCUGAAGCAUGUAACUCGGGGCCCCCGGGAACUUCCCAUGGACCCCGCCGCUGUCCAACUCAGCGAGAUGGUUUCCCUGCCAGUUCUGAUCAAACAGGCCAUCACCACGCCGCUCAUCACACAUGUGUCUUUGGUGAACAAGGCGGUGGUGGACUACUUCUUCGUGGAGCUGGGGGUGGAGAGGCACUUUGAGGCGCUGCGCCACUUCCUGCUGAUGGAGGACGGCGAGUUCGCGCAGUCCCUCACCGAUCUGCUCUUUGAAAAGCUGGGCAGCGGCCAGACGCCCGGCGAGCUGCUGACCCCCCUGGUCCUGAACUCCAUCCUCAGCAAGGCCCUGCAGUACAGCUUACACGGGGACACGCCCCUGGCUGGGAACUUCACCUUCGCCCUGCGCUUCCUCCCAGAGACCUUCCACCCGCACGCCCCCGACUCGCUCAACUGUCUGGAGCUCCGCUACAAGGUGGACUGGCCGCUGAACAUCAUCAUCACGGACACCUGCAUGAACAAGUACAACCGCCUGUUCUCGUUCCUGCUGCAGCUCAAGCACAUGGUGUGGAGCCUGCGCGAAGUCUGGUUCCACCUCAAGAGGACAGCGCUGGUGAAAGGAGCCGGCCGCUCGUUACAGUUUCACCAGCUGCAGCUGUACAGGCACGAGAUGCAGCAUUUUGUCAAGGUGAUGCAGGGAUACAUCGCCAACCAGAUCCUGCAGGUGUCCUGGAGCGAGUUCACAGCCAAGCUGGCCUCCGCCAGCGACCUGGACGCCAUCCACCGGACGCACGCAGACUACCUCAACAGAGCCAUCUUCAGGGGUUUGCUGACGGAGAAGGCGGCUCCGGUCAUGAACAUCAUCCACAGCAUCUUCAGCCUGAUCCUCAAGUUUCGGGCUCAGUUGAUCGCACAGCCGUGGGGCAGCCAGCAGGGGGAGGCGGUGCACCCCAGCUUCAUUGCCAUGCAGCAGUCGUACAACACCUUCAAGUACUACUCUCACUUCCUUUUCAAAGUGGUGACCAAGCUGGUGAACAGAGGCUACCAGCCUCACCUGGAGGAUUUCCUUCUCCGCAUCAACUUCAACAACUACUACAAAGACUCCUGAGGUGUGUGUGUGUGUGUGUGUGUGUGUGUGUGUGUGUGUGUGUGUGUGUGUGUGUGUGUGUGUGUGUGUGUGUGUGUGUGUGUGUGAUCCAAGGCACCAUUGUGUAUCAUGAGUGUUUACAUUUUUUUUAAAUCCCCCAAUAUGUGUUUAUAAGACAGAUGAUCAUAUUUACGUGUGUAUAUAAUAAAUUCAGUUGAUCUGGCCUUCAUUUCGGUGUAAAAAAUAUAUUUUUUAAUCCACCUGUGCUUUAUUUUACGGCAUGCGUUUAACAUUCAAACAUGACGAAGCAAUAAAAUGUGCAUGAUUUGAAGUGCGUGUGUGUGUGCGUGACUUCUAAACUGUAUGCUGCCGAAGUCUGUCAUCGAGAUGAUGCUAAUGGCGCCAGCCUCACGCCCAGGUGUGUCGAUUUUUAAGUACGUAUACGCUAAGUGGCAAUUUAUAUGUAAAUACCAAACCAAAAUGCUUUGUUAAAUAAAUGCUCUAUUCUCUA